AUGUUGGAGAUCCCGGACAAUCGAAGUGGAAAAGUCGUUCAAGAUGCACUUGAUAAAGCAAAAUUAGAUCGAAUGACAAUUGUUAUUGCUCAUCGUCUUAGUACUAUAAAAAAUACCGAUGUUAUUAUCGGUUUGGAGAAGUGUCAGAUGGUUGUAUCUGGUACUCACAAUGAAUUGACGAAUAAAACAGGGUUAUAUUAUGAGUUAGUAACAGCACAAAUAGAAAAAGAGAAAGAGCAAAACGAUGAAAAAGAUUUGGAAGAAAAAGAAUUAGCUAAACAAACCACUGAUAAUGAUACCUAA